CAUAAAGUAUUAAAAUGAUAUUUUACAAAGACACAGUUACCAUAAUUUCCUACUCAUUAUUUUGUAAAAUAGUAUUUCGAACUCCUUCAGAAAUUCCUAGACAUUGUUGAGAAUUCUCAUCUGUACGUUUGGAGAUGGAGGCGAUUUUGUAAAAAAUAUCUAGUGUCAUUUUAUGGUGAUAUUAUAAAAUAAUUUAUUUUCACUAAGAUUUUUUUUUUGUCCAUUAAUAAUGUACACCAUCGAACAUAUUUCAAAAGCAAACAUGAAAUAAUAUAAUGAAUUUUUCCCAACACUAAUAUAAAACUGAUCAAAUAACAUUGAAAAUUGAUACAAAUAUCAUUAAAAAAAGAACUAUAAACCCAGAUAAACAAUUCAUUUGCCUUUGUUAUGUGAUCAUCUCCUAAUCCCAAAGUCUUUGAUAGUACUUUUAUUACUUUGGUUGCCACUUUUCUUGAUCUUGCGCUGAACUCUAAUCCAGUCCAGCCUCCCUGAAAUUUCGUUCAAAUUCCUAAUUACCUAAUAAUGUAUAUUAAAGGCAUACGUUACAAUAACUUAUUUAUAUAUAAAUAAUCAAUCACCUGCAUUUAUCAGUAUGGAAACUAAUGUUUUUUUAUAUAAAAAACAAAAAUUAUAGGGACAUAUAGUGUUAUACUUAGCCCUACAUGCUAAUACAUGUAAUUCUAAUUCUAUUUCUCAUGUGGUCCACAAUUAUAUUGAAAAUAAUGUCUAAUAACAUUAUAUUUUACAUGUGUCCUUUUAGCAUUAUAGCCUCAGGGAAACGUAUAAUAGUUGAUGUUUAUUAAAUUCACAUUGAUGUACGAAAAUUAAAUUAGAUAGAAAAACAUAAUAUUAUUUGUUAUAUAUUUAUAAUUAAAGAUAUAAAUAAUAUGAGAAAAAAGUAAAAAUUUUAAUUAAAGGUUAGCCAAUAUCAAUCACAUUACUUAUACUCCUAUUGUUAAACUUUAAAAAAAUAUUAAAAAAUCCACUAUAUUAAUAUGACAACAAGUUGACAGUUAGAUAGGAAAAAUGCAGAAGAUAAGAUAUGGAUUUAUAAGGCAUUUUUUAAUAAGAAGAGUAGCAAUCUUUUUUUUCUUAUUUUAUUUUUUAUUACUAAAAAAAUACAUAUAAAUAAAUAAAUAAAAACUAAGCUGUUCAAUUUUCAGUUAUCAUCAACCUCAUAAGUUUUAGACAGACAAAAUUCUAUUUUAUGCAUUUUUAUUUAAGUUAAGAAUAUAAAUCAAAAUUAAGUGGUAUAAAUAUUGGAUUAAAUUGACUGAAUAUCCGAAGAUGAAGAUGUAUCGUCAAAAGUGGUCCAUUCCAAGAAAUUUUGUAAUUUUAUCAAAAGUACUUACUCCUCUGAUUUAAUAAUAUAAAAAUUAAGUAGCUUCCUUUUCAGUAGAGUGAGAAUCCCCAUCCCAUUUUCCACUGUUAGAGAGAGAAAAAGUAGAGAGAGAAGAGUGAGAGAGAGAGAGAGUGUCUGGUACUUUAUCUGCUUUUUAUCAUUUCAUCACUACCACCACCACUACUCUUCUCCUUUCCUUUGCUUUGCUGCUGUUGUCUUCUCUUUCUCUCUCCCUCUCUCUCUCUGCAGAAUUCUCAGACCACGCGAGGAGUAAGCGAAAGUUUCGGUGCUGAUUGGCUGCGCUACUACGGCGAAUGUGAGCCCGAGAUCUGUUGAUUUAGAGUCGACGGAGAAACUUUAACGAUGGGAAGCGUCUCCUCCGACGACGAAGGCGUUUCCGAUCAGCAGAGCGACCGCUGCGGAAGUUACAGCCUCAGUGCCGACGUCAGCGAGUCCGAGAGUUGCAGUAGCUUCUCUUGCAGAAGGUUUGACGCUGAAGGAGCUUCUAGUUCCAUGUCUUCUUCUCCACGUCCCAUUGCCGCUGACAAAUUCUCGUUUUCCAUACCGGUUAUGCUUCCGUUCAUUGGUGGCAAGGGGUUGGUGAGUUGGGACCACAAGCCACAAAAACGAGAUUCCGAGUUAUCUGAGGUUGAGAUGAUGAAGGAGAGGUUUGCUAAGCUUCUGCUUGGAGAAGAUAUGUCUGGAGGAGGAAAAGGAGUUUGUACUGCCCUCGCCAUAUCUAAUGCCAUUACCAAUCUUUCGGCAACUGUUUUUGGUGAACUCUGGAGGUUAGAGCCACUCGCACAGCAGAAAAAGGAUAUGUGGCGGAGAGAAAUGGAGUGGCUAUUAUGUGUGAGUGAUUCUAUUGUUGAGCUUGUACCUACGAUGCAACCUUUCCCAGGUGGGGGAACAUUUGAAGUCAUGGCGAGUCGGCCUCGCUCGGACUUGUACAUGAACCUCCCUGCAUUGAGAAAGCUUGAUGCAAUGCUUCUCGCUAUGCUUGAUGGGUUUUCCAACACAGAAUUUUCUUAUGUUGAUCGAGGUAUAGUUCUUGACAAUUCUAAUGAAGGCAAUGGAUGCAUGAUUGGUGGAAGGCCUUCGAUUAGGCAGGAAGAGAAGUGGUGGCUUCCAUAUCCAAAAGUUCCUCCAAGUGGGUUGUCGGAUGAUGCUCGGAAGAGGUUGCAGCAAUGUAAGGACUGUACCAAUCAGAUACUAAAGGCUGCAAUGGCGAUUAACAAUAACAUGCUUGCAGAGAUGGAGAUUCCCAAAGCAUACUUGGACUCACUGCCGAAGACUGGAAAGGCAUGCCUUGGGGAAAUCGUUUAUCGAUACAUAACAGCUGAACAGUUCUCCCCAGAAUGCCUACUUGAUUGUCUGGACCUCUCAUCAGAACAUCUGACUCUUGAGAUAGCUAACAGGGUUGAGGCUGCUGUAUAUAUCUGGAAAAAAAAGGAUUGUAGGAAACAAUCUAAUGGUAAGAAGGGAAAGCGUUCUUCUUGGGGUGGCAAAGUCAAAGGCCUUGUUACUGACUCUGAGAGAAACCUCGUGUUGGCCCAACGAGCAGAAACUCUCUUACGCAGCCUGAGACAUCGUUUCCCUGCCCUUCCACAGACUGCACUGGACAUGAACAAAAUUCAAUACAAUAAAGAUGUGGGGCAGUCAAUUCUCGAGAGCUACUCGAGGGUGAUGGAGAGUCUAGCCUUUAACAUAAUGGCGAGGAUCGAUGACAUCCUCUAUGUCGAUGAUGCCAUCAAGGAAAGUGCUGCUUCAAAGUCAACGCCAGAUCUCUUUGGUAGAGGUGGCAUCAGUGGUCUUCCUAUCCAGAAAAAGAUGUCUCCCAGUCCUUUCUCCAUACACCAUACCCCUUUUGCCUCUCCUCUUGCUACCCCAACUAUGUUCUCUUCGACAUCACUCAGUGAAAGUCCGGGAAGGACAUCUCUUUCUCUGAAGAAGAAGAACGGUCUCAAGGAAGAAGCAGAUCGAAAUUCUGAUAUGGAUAGAGUAUGGUCAUAUGUCGGGAACCUUAGUGCUAGACGUACUAUUGGCGACGCCCCUGAGCGAGACUGAGCGAAGUAACUUAUCGUCGUUAUAGCUGACAUUAACCUCAAGAAGUUCAUCAAUAUUCUCGAGGAAAUUACAGACUCAGUUUGUGGUUCUUGAUAGUAGAUAUUGGUGGGUUGAGGAGCAUGUAUAUUCUUUAGUAGUAGAAUUUUAGUGAUUUAGUAUAGGUUAAAGUUUUGAUCAGGUUUAUCAUUAUGUUAUUGUAGAUGAAGGGAGAAUACUAUGCAUGUUUUUAUACUUAGUGGUAUUUAUGAAAACUUAAUUAUUCAUCCUCCA